AUGGCUCCUUGUUACGUCCCCUUAGUCUUCUUCUACAAAAACCCCGCUCCCACAGAAGGAGAGAAAAUAUUCGACCUCCUCAAAUCCUCACUCGCCCACGCUCUCACGCGCUUCUACCCGCUCGCCGGAAGGCUGCUGUCCAGCCCCUCCGGCUCGCUCCCCGUCGUGCAUUGCAACGACGAGGGCGUCCCGUUCACUUUCGCGGCCGGCGGCGGCGAAAGCCUGGAUUCGUUUCUCAGAGGCGGCCCGGAAAUCGUCGACUCGCUCCAGCGAUUCCUUCCUUUCCCGGCGCACAUGGUCGGCACGCCGGCGGGGAUCGAGUCGGCGCCGCAGAUCGCGUUCCGGGCCACCGUCUUCCCCUGCGGCGGCGUCGCCAUCGGGGUCUGCUUGCUGCACAAGGUAAUCGACGGCCACACCGUCGCCGAUUUCAUGAGGCUCUGGGCCGCCAUCGUCCGCGGCGGAAACGAACGCGCCGUCGCCGGCGGUUGCGGGCCGUUUGCCCACAAUCGAGGCGCCACGUGGCUCUUCCCCGCGCGUGUGGGUGACGUGGUGCCUUCGGUGGAGGAUUUGGAAUGCGAAGGAGGAGGAAAGAAGAAGAAUGUGACGAGGAGAUUUGUGUUCGAUGAGGAAGCCGUCUCGUCGCUGAAAGUUAGAGCCAGGAGCGAGCGGCUGCCCAAACCGGGUCGGUCCGAGGCGGUUGGCGGGUUGCUAUGGAAAUCUGCGGUGGACGCUGCCGCCAUUGCUUCGUCGCCCGAUGGGUUCAAGGCCGGUUCGGUUUACUCGGUUGCAGGUAAUUUACUCGAUUAA